AGGAUUUAAAAAAAACAUUACUUUCUGUAUCCUAAAUUGACAGACAAUAUGUUGGCUUUUAUAUAUUUUUUUGUUUAUCCGUACACAGGAGCUGUAGCCGUAGGCUAAGCGGGGUAGCUUUGUUAAUGUUUCUCCUCCCACAACACAAUCCCCAUUUUCUUGUCAGAUAGCUAACUAGCCUAGUUAUUUCGACUGGUGAUGUGCUUACCAUGACGCCAAGUCUAGCAGGUGUCUGCAAACAACAAAAGCGUGUUAUGAGUUUUUCAUCGACUGAAAUAUCGCACUUUUUACAAUCCGGUGGGUUUGCGGAAAUCCUGUAGCUUCGUGCCGACUCGAGCUCACGGUCCUAAAGCCUCUCGGGUACUACAGCACCACUGACAGCAGUUCACUUCUGAUACAGAUCGUGUUCUCGGAAACAUCUUCUACGCCUUCAGUAACAUUACAAUUGAGGAAUGAUGGCCUCGCCUCAGCCAGGCAGCCCACCUAAGGUUGAGCAGCAUACACCAACUCCUAAGACUGAGCCCAGUGAAGAUGACGAGAAUGAGAAUAUACCUGAGAAACCAACUAAAAGAAGAAACAAAGCGAGACAGUCAAAAUCUCAGAACGUAUUUACAUGCUCAGCUUGCCAGGAAGCAUUUUCCAGCCCCUCUGGUCUACGGAGCCAUAAGCUCGCAGCUCACGCUCAAGACAAGCAGCAGCCGUACACGUGUGGGCAAUGUAGCAAGACCUUCUCCAGCCGUGCUCAACUCUCUAAGCAUCAGCGCUCGCAUUCGGCUGAGCGUCCAUUCCAGUGCCCUCAGUGCCAUAAGGCAUACAAGACCCACAGCGAGUUGCGCAAUCACAGCCGCUCCCACACUGGAGAAAAACCCUUUGUCUGUACUGAAUGUGGCAAGGCAUUUAUGCAGGCCAUCUGCCUGCGCAUUCACAUGACGCAACACAGUGGCGAGAGGCCUCAUUCUUGUCCGCACUGCUCUAAGAGCUAUCCUACGCUGUCCAAGUUGAAAGUUCACCAGCGCUCCCACACAGGAGAGAAGCCUUUUUUAUGUGCAGAAUGCGGUAAAAGCUUUGCCGAUCCGUCCGUAUACCGCAAGCACCGGCGCAAUCACCAAGGCCACCGGCCGUAUUCCUGCCAACAGUGUGCCAAAACAUACACAGAGCUCAAGGACCUGAAGAACCAUGAGCGUUCUCAUACAGGUGAAAAGCCUUACCUUUGCUCGGACUGUGGCAAGGCCUUCUCACGCUCCUCUUCCUUGGCCUGUCACCUGCGUAUUCAUUCCCAGAGCAAGCCAUACCAGUGUGAGCAAUGUGGCAAAGGCUUUACUCAGCUGUCUUCCUACCAAUCCCACCUUCGCACGCACUCUGGUGAGAAGCCCUUUCUCUGUCCACAGUGUGGCAAGAUGUUCUCAGACCCUUCCAGCUUCCGCCGGCACCAGAGGGCACAUCAGGGAUUUAAACCCUACCCUUGUGACAAAUGUACCAAGAAAUUUCGACAGCCAGCUGAUCUAGCUGUGCAUCAACGUGUGCAUUCAGGUCAAAGGCCAUACAAAUGCCAAAACUGUGACAAGGCCUUUGUUGCAUCUUGGGAUCUGCGUCGGCACAUGCUGGUGCACACCGGCCUUCGACCAUUCUCCUGCACUGAUUGUGGCAAGUCCUUUGCAGAGCGCUCCAGUCUCAACAAGCACAGGAGGGUGCAUUCUGGAGAGCGGCCAUUCAAGUGCCAGAUGUGUUUCAAGUCAUUUGUCAUGUCAUCCAGUCUGCGCAAGCAUGAAAGGACCCAUUUACCUGAAAGACCCGUGCAACAAGAACAGGCCCCUGAAUCCGAGCAAAUCUUUCCCCAAAACACCAGACCACAAUUCUCUUGUGUCCACUGUGACAUGAUUGUCUUUGGGACUUGGGAGGAGGUGCAGGCUCACAACAGCCUCCAUGAAAUCUCUCCUCCAUCAGAUUCCACAAAUGUUCGCAUUGGCCCAUUUAUUUGCGAGACAUGCCAGGCUGAGUUCCCUCAGGUGUCUGAACUCCAGGCACAUGAGAAGGUACACCCCAAGCCACGGCCACAUAUAUGUGACAGCUGUGGCAAAGGCUUCUUAAACAAAGCUGGAUUACGGAAGCAUCAGCGCAUCCACACCAACAGCCGCCCACACUGCUGUGCAACCUGCGGCAAGUCUUUCCUCUUUGCUGCUUACCUCCGCAAACAUCUGCGUACACACCGUGACAAUCAAUCCUCAUCUCCUGUGCCAGAGACAGAUGUAACCCACACACAGCCGCUGCCAUCCCCAUCAGGUGCAGCCUCUCCGAUAAAAUCGGAGCCCUCUACGAUCUCUCUAACUGUGCCUGUUAUUGUACCAACAGCAUUCCAGACAAUGUCAAGCCAUGUGUACAUAAACAAAGAAGAGGACAUUUGAAAUACCAGUGUAUUGGACAUGAUUUUCAAUAUUGGAUUGGUGUUUGAUAAAGACAGCGCAAAGUGAUUGCCUCCUAACUGUUAGGUAUGUGACAUGCCUUGCAAAGCACCUGUGUGCACAAAUAGUCCCAGCUUGGCAUGCAAAAUGUGGGUAGUGUUGCUGCCUCACAGCUUCAGGGUCCCAGGUUUGGUGGCUGUCAGAAUGCCAGAAGGUGAACUGGCUAAGAUACAUUCCCCCUAGGUGUGUAUGCAUGGUGCUCUACAACCGACUGAUGUCCCAUCCAGGGUAUAUUUCCAUCUCACGCCCACUGCAAUCCCAAUCAGGACAAUCAGGAUAGUGGUUACUGAAACUGAGUGAGUGAGCUUACAGAGUGGAUCCUUUGAGAAGAAUUCAGUUGUGUCAUACAUACAUACAGUACAUACAAACAUACAAGUUUCUUGUUAAAUCCUGCUGUCUCUUUCUCUCUUAACAGGCUCUACAGAGCUGACUUGGAUUGUUAAUGGUUCUGUUUGGAAAAUGUAACAGAUCAACUCUAUGUUGUAAGGUCCUGUACAGAACAUGCAAAAUGUCCAUUUAAAACAAUAUAAGGAUUUGUAUAAUUAACCUUUUUUACUGAGUGUAUGAAACAAGAAAACUUUUGUAUAAUACCUUUAAAAAUAUUCUGUUCAUUUAUUAUUAUUAUUAUUAUUAUUUGUUUUAUUUUAAGGCAUUCCUUAUUUAAAUGAAUUAAUUGAUUACAUGAUUACAUAUAACUGUGUGUAUUUGUUUAAUCAUUGCUGCUAUAUCAAAGUUUAUAUCAGUCUUUGAUAUAUGUUUUUGCUCUGAGGUUUCAUUUUGCAUUAUAGGUUAUUGAAAGGAUCAGUAUUUUACAUACAAGCAAACUUUACACAAAUGCAUGAAUUUAUUAGAUCAUAGUCACUACCUUCAUAGUCACUACCUGUACAUGUCGGUUUACCUUCUGGUCAAAUGGCUGU